CUGUAUCCCGGCGCCGCCGCCCUCGAGCAGAAGCCCCGUGGCGGGGCGGACGAUGGCUCACACGGGCAUCUCCAGGGGAAGCGCUGCCUGCAGUCCCGGCCUCGGCUACACCCACAGCAAUUCCUGGCACAACUUCCUUGCGCAACUCGCUCUCCCCGCACACACGCCCCAGUUUUCCUGCAGAAGCAGCAGCCGAGUAUCACUGAGUACCUCCAGUGAGCCUCCCUGACUAGAGAUAUUCCAGAACCGCGUGGACGCAAGCCUGUGCUCUGGGAUGGCCCUGCUCGAGCAGGUUGGACCAGAUGCCCCACUGAGGUCUCCUCCAACCUGACGCACCCUUUGAUUCUGCUGACCCUGGCCGCCCCGCCUCCUGUCCCGUCACGGACACGCCGCUGAGUCGGCCCCGACUUCAAAGCCAUGACCAAGGCAGGAACAGAGACAAGGGAGGCAGGAUGCGCGCGGGCAGGGAGGGGACCGUCCGUCACUGACCCUCUUCGCCCGGGGCCAUGCCGUGCCACCACUCCUCGACGGCGGGACUACAACUCCCGGCACGCCCCGCGGCAAGGAGGACACAGGCCCCACGUGGGCCGCAGGGCUGCGCGGCGAUUGGCUGCGGCCGGGAGGGAGGCGGGUCCCCGGGGAGCACUUCCGGUGCCCCGCGCUCGGCACUUGUUUGGAUGCUGCCGUCACAUCAUGGCGACGCGCGGGGGCGGCGGCGCGGCGGGACCGACCCGGCGGAGCCCGAGCCUCAGCGGCGGCGGGGACGAGGCAGCGGCGGCCCCGAGCGGCAACCCCGAGGUGGUUGGUGGUGCCAUGGAAGAAGAAGCUGGAUCUCAGGAGAUGGGGAUGAAUAACCAGGACCAGCUGGUGAAGAGCAAGUGCACUGAGUUGUCUGAUACAGUGUUGCAGUAUCCACAGUCCAACUGUUACAGCCUGGAAAACACAGGCGCAUUGGAAGAAGCAGAAUAUAUCACAAAGAAUAGAAAGCACCCAGGGUCCACGUGCUGCUCCCAAGAGUCCCGUGAGGAGACUCCUGGGAGAGAAGAGGCCCGUACUGAUCCGCCUGAUGGCCAACAAGAUCCUGAGAGUGAAAAGCACAAAGAGAAGACUUUGGGAAAAGAAGUGUUAUUAUUAAUGCAAGCCUUGAACACACUUUCUACUCCAGAAGAAAAGCUGGCAGCUUUGUGCAAGAAGUAUGCUGAUCUGUUGGAGGAGAGCCGGAAUGUUCAAAAGCAAAUGAAGAUACUGCAGAAGAAGCAAGCACAAGUUGUGAAGGAGAAAGUCCACUUGCAGAGUGAGCAUAGCAAGGCCAUUUUGGCACGUAGCAAACUGGAAUCUCUCUGUCGGGAACUUCAGCGUCAUAACAAAACUUUGAAGGAAGAAAACAUGCAACAAGCGCGUGAAGAAGAAGAAAGACGGAAAGAAGCAACUGCACACUUCCAGAUCACACUGAACGAAAUUCAGGCCCAACUGGAACAGCAUGAUAUACAUAAUGCCAAGCUCCGUCAGGAAAAUAUUGAACUGGGGGAAAAACUGAAGAAACUCAUUGAACAGUAUGCAUUGAGAGAAGAGCAUAUUGAUCAAGUGUUCAAACAUAAGGAACUGCAGCAGCAACUUGUGGAUGCCAAACUUCAGCAAACUACCCAACUUAUUAAAGAAGCAGAGGAAAAACAUCAGCGAGAACGGGAGUUUCUGCUAAAAGAAGCUACAGAGUCCAGACACAAAUGUGAACAGAUGAAGCAACAGGAAGCUCAGCUGAAGCAGCAGCUUUCUCUUUACAUGGAUAAGUUUGAAGAAUUCCAGACCACCAUGGCAAAAAGUAAUGAGCUUUUUACAACUUUCAGACAAGAAAUGGAGAAGAUGACAAAGAAGAUUAAGAAACUGGAAAAGGAAACCAUUGUGUGGCGUACAAAAUGGGAAAACAACAACAAGGCUCUUCUGCAAAUGGCUGAAGAGAAAACAGUAAGAGAUAAAGAAUACAAAGGCUUUCAAAUAAAACUGGAGCGUUUGGAGAAGCUAUGCAGGGCCCUUCAGACAGAAAGGAAUGAGCUGAAUGAGAAGGUGGAAGUGCUCAAGGAACAGGUUUCUCUUAGAGAAGCAGAUGUGGAUCUGGCUGUGCAGGUGUUGCAGUCCUGCACACUCAAUUCCCAUGAGGAGCUGGGAACUCCCAUUGACACGGAACCAGGAAUCCAACCCGAUGCGGAAUCGUGUGCGGCCAAUAGCUCCGAAAAGACUGUCUCAACAAGUCCUGUUCCUGGCACUGAAUCUGUAGACUAAAAUGAAGUGUAAACACUGUAUUGAGAGAUAUAUUUUGUGUAAAACUUUCUCUGUUGGUGGUAACUAUUUGGUUUUGUGGUGAAAAUUUUCUUACUUUUUCUACCAUAUCUGUAUUUUCUUAGAACUACUGGACUUAUGUGGUACAGGAAGCUGCAUAGCAGCUUUAAAUAGCUUAAACUAUAAAUUUUCCACAACUGUGUUGCACAUCUGCCUCAUUUUUUAAAAGAAAAUAUUUUUCCAUAAAAGGAUGCAUGUGCGUUUCCUCCCCACUACACAAAUCACUGUCGUGGAAGACUGUGUACAGAUCUAAUAUCGUUUGGGGAAAAUGGUGACAGCAAGUCACUCUUUUGUUUUAAAGAACAGCACUCUGGUUUUGUUCAUUGAUUUGCCACUCACUAUACUAAAGAUGAUCAAUUUUUCCAGUAAAUUUAUCUACAUAAGGAUGUCUAAUGGCCAGUAAAAAAGUCAGCUUUCCUCCUAUAUAUGUUUUCAUAUAUAUGAAUGGAAAAGUAAAGGUCCAGAAUAUAGUAAAAGAUACGUUUAAAGGGUUUUAUGUACUUCGUGGUAUGAAAAAACAGCUUUGAAAUACAUUAAUUUGCAGCUGGUGAAACAGGGUGUACAGCUUUUUGCAGAUGUCUCAGGGUUGUGUUGUAAAGGUUAGUUUGGACUAUUUGCCCUACCUGUGAACAUGUUAAAUAUGUGUUGGAAAAUGUACAGUGAUGCUACCGAGUGGGAUUUGGAGCUGUGGAGCUUGUUGCACAGGUGUUGGUCACAUGCUUCCUUCUUAGCUGCAGUGUGUCCACCACAUGAUUAUCCUGACUAGAGAAAUCCAUUCAUGUCUGAGCAAACCUCUGGAUUACCUGAAGAGCUGGCAAAUAAGACACUUCCUGCUGGAGGUGUGGAAGACGGGAGUCUGGCAUACAGACUUCCUCUAACAGCCAGGUAUGCAAUGUAUUUAAGUGUUAGUUAAGAUUAUAGUGGUUAUAAUUGAACAUGAAGAUUCAGAUACUUUUCCUGAAGUACAACAUGGAAUUUCCUGCAUGUUCAACCUCAAAGCUGCACCAGUUGGCAGAGUGCCUUCCCAGUCAGGUUAUCUAUUAAAGAUGGUACUUCACAUUCUUAGGCUAACAUACCACAAGCAAAGCCCCCUUGUUAACCUUAAACCAUAUUGUAUUUUCCUAGAAAAUUUGAUAUCCACAUUAUGACUUCUUUUCUUGAAAGGAACUAGGACCAACGUUUAUUUUUUAGCAAGGCAAUGUGAUCUAACUACAAGCUACCCCGAACUUUAAUUCCCAUGCAUUUACUUUCUAGUUUUGGUUACUGUCAUUAUAAGAAAUAUGAACAUGUGUAGCCUUUUCUGGUACUUAAAGUUUUUUGCACUUACUUGGGAGGGGAUUUCUGAAUCAAGCACAUCUCAACGAGCUUCCCACCCCCAUUGCCCUUGGCAGUUCAGUGGCUAAGUUACUUAAAUGUUCAGGCUGCACUGAGCUCCCAGUCCUUUUCCUGUAGUGAUGUAUGUUGAAAUAACUUAGCUGUCUCAGAGAGAAUGGUUAUGUAAGGCCUAACACAUGUGUUAGCUCAUACCACUAAGAGGAACUGUGCAAAACUGACAUUUCUGAAAUGGAGUAAAUGGGAAGCUGGCCAUCUUUCUCCUAAAUUUUUGUGGGUUUGGUGUUUGUCGUCCAAGCACAAUGCAGGAAUGAAAAGAAGUAGCAGUGAGCAGUCAGGUUAGAUUCAGAGCUUUGAAAUGCUGAUCGUGCAAACCCUGUAGCAUAAAAAUAACUGGAAAGAAAUAUUUCAGACUUGCUGUUCAAAUUACUUGCUUUAUAGAUCCAAGCUUGAAAAAAACAGGUGGUGUGAGAACUGGUUUUCAGCUAACACUAAGUAUGAUGUAAUUUUCCUGAGGAAAAGUGCGAAACUUUGUAUCUGGUGCAUCAUACCCUUGGCAAGGUAGGACAUGCAGUUUUCUAUUUUUACAAUUUGUUAUUUGGACAUUUGUAUUCUGAACAAUUCUUUCGGUAGUACUUGUUCUACAUGGAGGCAAGAGAGUUUUUGGACCCUGCUGCAAGAAUAAAAUAAAGGGCUUUUAGAGACACGACAGAUGUAUAGAACAGCAAUACAAGUAUCUUUGUCACUGGCUAAAUAUGUAAAUGAAGCAGAAUGCCCCAGCUGAAAGGCUUUUAAAACGGGGAUAGCUUCUCUCUUUUCUACCAUCAACAUACCCUUAUCAUAGCAACUUAUCUGGCCAAGGCAAGCUGUACUUCGCUUCCUGGAACCAGUCAACAGAGUUUCAUGCAUUGCUUAAAAAGUGUUGUUUUAAAAAAAAAUACAAAUUGAUGUAAGGGAUAAGCUCAGCACUGUCACUGAUCUGCCAUACUGCAGGCUAUUGCACUGCCAGGCUGCAGCCGAACGGGCUCCAGUAGGGUUUUUAAGUAAACUUGUAUUACUGCCUUUCUCCCACUACUACAAACCAUUUAACUCGGGAUGUAAAGUGAUGCAGCCUGAGAUGAGUGUGUCUGAUUGUCAAAACUGGGGCCUGGUCAACAGUUUCACCACGAUUAAGCUGCAAGAAGCUAAAUUGUAUGUGAUUCAAGACCCAAAUACGUGUAUAAAUACACACGUAAGUUAGGGCUGUAUCUCUAUUGUUUUGUCCUUCCUUUCAUUACACCUGGUUAUGUUACAGUUCAAUUCUCAGGUGUUGCAGAAAAUCUACCUCUUUGGACUGUAGAUGGAAAUAACUGUGAAAAAAGUGAUGCAGAAAUCUAGUUUGUGCUAAACACACUGCUUUAUUUUUACAACCCAUGUCUGCUUUCAUGAGGAAAAGUGAUAAAUGAACAGGCAGUCUUUGUUUUGCUUUUCAAAAACAUUUUGUAGAGAUUUUUCACUAAUGUGAAUCUGAAAUUUUAUCUACUCAAUUCUGUAUAGAUUAAGUAAAUAAGUAUGCUUAAUAUAUUGGACUCUGAGUUUUUCUUUCACAUCAUACUCAUGUCUUCUGACUGAAUCUGCUGAAACUGUAUUUAUUUGAAAAGUCAAGAGUGAGAAUUAAAAGAUGUGAAAUUUGA